AGUAGUGCUUCGUCGUCAUCCAAUGCAAUACGUAUCGUCCUAUUAAUACACACAGAGUGCAUCGCUCCCAACUCUCUCCUCUCUCUCUCUCUCUUUCUCUCUCUAUAACUUCCACCCUAAGCUUUCCUCUUGCGAAAACGACAGCUUUCAAGGCUUUUGCUUUUCUUAUUGGCCCUGAGCAGGAACUGAUUGGGUUAUGGUUUUGAUCAUGGAUAUCCAUGUAGCAGUUGUGUUGUUUUUCUUUCGGCAAGACGAUAUUCUAAACUACUUUAAUCGAUGGGGAUUCGAACUUCGGAGUGAAUUGAUCUAACCCACGUCUGCGUUGCUGCAUAGCAGCUUUUUGGCAGAUAUUGCUCAAAUUCCUGAUCUUCUGAGGGAUUCCAUCAUUGCUCCUGGAAGCAGAUUGAGCAUUCUAAUUCCACAUAUGCAUUUUUAAGGAGAUGACUUCCCAUGAGUACGAUCCAGAUAUUGUUCAGUGGGGUAUUCGUCUUUUUGGUGGGGAGCCAGUUUAUAGUUCUUCAUACUACUGUGGUGACAUGAUACAACGCAAUGCCAAUGAUAUCUACCAUGAAGAGUAUAUCAGAAGUCAUUAUGAUACAGAAUCAAACAAUGUAGAAAAUGAUGAGAUCAUUGCACAUACUCUUCAAGAAGAAUUUUCGCGACUGUCUGUAACAGAAGCCUCUGAAUACUCCCAUGCAGGAGAAGCGCAAUCACAAGCUUCAUUUCUUGCAAAUGAGUGGCACGGUCAAUCUACAAGAGAUUAUUACUUAGACCAUGGUUAUGGCCAGGAAGAAGCUGAUACUGUGGCGCCUUCCAGCUCAUGUUCUAGCCCUGAUGAUCAUUUGGAGCUAACUUAUGGAUGUGCACAUGAUGGUGAAGUAGGCUGGGGCUGGAAUCCUGUUCCUCACAUUCCUAGAAUCAAUGGAGAAAUUCCUUCAAUUGAUGAAGCGACUUCAGAUCAUCAAAGGCUAGUUGACAGGCUUCAAUUAUAUGGCUUCGUCGAACACAAGGUGGCAGGAGAUGGCAACUGCCAGUUCCAUGCUUUAUCAGACCAGUUGUAUCAAUCACCUGACAACCACAAGUAUGUGAGAAAGCAAGUUGUAAAUCAGCUUAAGUCUCAUCCGGAGAUAUACGAGGGAUAUGUUCCCAUGGCUUAUGAUGACUAUUUGGAGAAGAUGUCCAAGGAUGGUGAGUGGGGUGACCAUGUCUCAUUACAGGCGGCUGCUGAUUCGUACGAAGUGAAAAUAUUUGUCUUGACGUCGUUUAAGGAUAACUGUUGCAUAGAGAUUCUUCCUAAUAUUCAAACUUCAAAACAAGUUAUUUAUUUGAGUUUCUGGGCGGAGGUGCAUUACAACUCAAUUUUUCCUCAAGGAGGCACACCCUCAUAUGAGAACAGAAGAAAGAAAAAAUGGCGGAUAUUUGGGAAUAAGCAUUAGGAAUGUUUGGAUGGCAUUAGGCACAUUUCUCCCUCGCUACUGCUUUUGUUUAAAUCAUGCAGAUCCCUGGUUCAGAACCUCACAUGUUCAUAUUUUUGCUCUUCCAAUGUCCUGUCCAGGCUGGAUUAUCUCAUCGUAAGAGCGAGUUUCUUUUUUCAGUUUCUUUCCUUUUAUAAAUUUACUAUUAUUAUGGUUGCUUGCAUGUGUGAUUUUUGUAGUCGCAUGCUGGUACCGUACAGUAUUUUCGAACAUACCAGUUGCAAUACAAUAAUGAAUCCCUUUAUACAUUGUCAGAAAACAGAUUUAAAUUAGUGUGUUGAA